AUGGAUUCAAAUUCUGAUGACAGUAUAUCGGAUGAAAAUGAAAGUACAAUUAGUCUGUAUGAACUUAACAACAGUAGUUCUGAAGAUGGUGAUUCAUUGGUUGAAGAACUCGAUCAAAAUUCAAUAAGUGAAUGGAAAUGGAAAGUAGAUAAUUCACACGUUUCUACUUCUUUUAAUUAUUUUGAUGGACAUGCAUUAGACAAUAGCAAUACAAUCAGUCCAACUGACUCAUUGUACAAGUUUAUAAGUCAGGAAGUGAUCGAACUAAUUACAGAUCAAACAAAUAUUUAUGGAAAGCAACGUUGUGUUCAACAAGGCGACGACUGCACAAAAUGGAGGGAAGUUGAUGAAAUUGAAAUAUUGACAUUUCUUGGAAUUUUAUUUAUUAUGGGAUUUCACAAGUUACCAAGAAUUAGAGACCAUUGGAGUAAUGAUAGGAACUUAUUUACACCUGCUGUUGCGAAUAUUAUGACUCGGGACGAAUUUUAUAGACUUGUCUCUAAUAUUCAUCUGGCGGAUAGUUCCAAAAUGCCUUCAAAAGAGUCUCGUGAUUAUAAUAAGUUAAAUAAAGUAAAUGAUUUUCUAAAUCUUUUGAGAAGAAAUUUUCAACAGAAUUACGAGCUCGGAUCGUAUAUUUCAAUAGACGAGUCAAUAAUAAAAUUCAAAGGAAGGUCUUCUAUAAAACAGUAUGGACCAUUGAAACCAACUAAGAGAGGAUAUAAAGUAUGGGUUUUGAGCGAGUCAACUACAAGAUAUGUAUAUAACUUCGAAAUUUAUACUGGAAAAAACACGAGACGACAUUUGUCAUUAGGAGAACAUGUCGUCAUGACACUAAUACAUGAAAUAGAUCUAAAGAAUUGCCAGUUGUUUUUUGAAUUCAAUUCCUUACCAUUGCUUUAUAACUUGAAGAAAAUGAAUGUUCCAGCUAUGGGUACAAUUUGUUCAGAUAGAAAAUAUUUUCCACUUGAACUAAAGAAAGAGGAAAAACUUGAAAGAGGCGGUUAUCGAUAUAUGACAUCUAAUGGAAUAUCUGUAAUAAAAUAG